UACGCUCGCCACUUCAUUACUUUUGUUAGUGUGUACUAAACAUAAACCAACAGCUUAUACGCGUUGUAUCACUUACUAUUUGAUAAUAAUAACAAUUUAUAAACAUACUCAUUAGGGGAAACAUAAUUUUGCCAUAAGUAGAAUGUUGCUCUGGCUUUCAUUUACUCCAAUAUUUGACUAAGUGAUUAUUGUUCCAAAUAUCUGGUAUUCCAAACAACUAAUAUCAUAUCAGAUCAGAUUACCGUGACCAUGGCGAUAACCAGGAAAUUACACCAACAUUUGAAAAAAAAAUUAACAAAAAAUCAAGAAUGUAAGCAAGUAAAAAGUAGCUAAUGUGUUGAACUACUUCUUACAAUUGACACUGUUUUCGAAAAGGAUUGAUGUACUAAUAAUUUUUAUUGUGGACGUUUUCUGCAAAUCUGGGAAUUUAGAUAGUUGAAAAAUAAAGACUAAUAUUGGAUCACACGAUAAACAUUUUUUAUUUUUAUAACGAAAAAAAGAAAAACAGCAGCACCAAUAAAAUCUUUAUACGACGUUGAUGGAUGCAAAACGGAAAGUUGUAAUUCAAUAACUUUACAAGCAUAAGUUGUAUAGUUACUUUUAAUAAAUUCACCAGAGAAUUUUGAGAUGAAAUUUCGAUCCAAGUCAUACUCGCAAUGAAUUCCAGAAGAGAAGUCUUGACGCAUCCUAAUAAUUUUUUCACGUAGCCUACAAUUUAUUGAAUGUACACGAGAUGGUAAACUAAAUCCUCGUCAACCAAAUCACUAGCAGGCAGCACAUUUCGUGUAGUCACAUGAAGUUGGGUAAAGUUUCAUCAAUAUUCAAGAGACUCAAAACGUGUAUUCAAGCGUUAUUAGUAAUAACGCUUGAAUAACGCUACUAAGAUAUCCAUGGAUGAAUUUAGAUUGCUUGAAAUAUAUUUGACAUGAGUAGUAUGACAGAGGAUGGAUCAUAUUAUUGGGAAGAACUGAAUGAUACAUCUAAUGAUACACUGGAAGAUUACUUACUUCGAACACGUGGGCCAAAACAUCUCUCACUUACUAUAGUUAUACCAAUAACUAUUAUCUAUGUACUCAUUUUUGUUACUGGAAUAAUUGGGAAUAUAUCCGUAUGCGUGGUAAUCAUUCGGAAUAACUUUAUGCAUACAGCAACUAAUUACUAUCUAUUCAAUUUGGCCGUGUCAGAUCUCACGCUACUUUUACUAGGUUUACCAAAUGAUCUCAGCGUUUACUGGCAACAGUACCCGUGGCCUCUAGGUGAAUUCAUAUGUAAACUACGAGCAUUAGUAUCAGAAAUGACUUCUUACACUUCAGUUUUAACAAUCGUAGCAUUUUCGAUGGAAAGGUAUAUUGCUAUAUGUCAUCCUCUCCAUGCAUAUGCUAUGUCUGGAUUAAAAAGAGCAAUACGCAUCAUUGCAAUGGUUUGGAUAAUAUCGUUUUUAGCUGCAUUGCCAUUUGCUGUAUACACUAAAGUUGACUAUAUUGAAUAUCCACCAGCAUCAGGAAACUUGUCAUAUGAAAGCGCAUUUUGUGCAAUGUUGGACUCAAAUUUACCUCCUGGUGUACCCAUCUAUGAGCUAAGUUCGUUUUUAUUUUUUUUGGUCCCCCUGAUAAUUAUAAUUGUUUUGUACGAAAGAAUUGGUCAUCAAAUAAGGCAAAGCUCUAGACACUCGCUUGGUAAACAAAUGCAUGGCGGCGACAACAAACAAAUUCAAUCAAAGAAGUCUAUUGUUAGAAUGCUUGCUGCUGUAGUCGUAGCAUUCUUUCUUUGCUGGGCUCCGUUCCACGCACAACGAUUGCUCUAUCGGUAUGCUAGAGAAUCGCCGUACUUUCCUUUGAUAAACGAAUUAUUAUAUACAAUUGCUGGAUGUUUUUACUACUUUUCUUCUACUGUAAAUCCUAUUCUUUACAACUUAAUGUCAAUGAAAUACAGGAGGGCGUUUCGCGAAACGCUUUGUGGUAAUGCUAGAAAAUAUAGAAACCGAAUGUCAAGGGACUUACAAUCCAGCUUUCGUGACACAACUAUGCCUAUCAACACUAUCAUAAGCACGACUGAAUAUAGAAAAUCAGUAAUACACAAGCCAAUUGUAACUAAAAAUGGUAGAAUAGCUGAUGAUGGAGAAACGGAAAGUUCUACCAUAGCCGCUGCCGAUAUGUUGGUCAUGCUCUCCUCAGCCGAAAACGGAAGUGCACAAAGUUACAAGACUUUACUUAGAACAAACGAAUCUAAACCAUCCUCGUCAGGAAAAAUUCACCAUGAUGAUGAAAUUGUAAAUUAUGAACGAUGCCAAACUGAAAAUAAUCCGUCCACUUUAGAGAUUGAAACUUGCAUUUAACUCAAUUAUAAUACGGAACGCCUACAUAAUAAAUUGUUAAAACCUCGAUUUUCCAGACGAAGAAACAUAAAAUUUUAUAUGGCUUUAACAGUAUUUCAAAUAAAUUCUCUUUGAGUAAAUUUUACAGAAUAACAUAUUAUAAUUUAUACAAAAAAAGUUUAUAUAUAGUGAUUUAAAUGAUGUAAUUGUGGAAAAUAUAAGUAGUUAAUUGAAAAUUACCUUUACAAAUUUAAAUUAUGUUGUAAUUUAUUAGGUACUUUAUCGAAGGUUUUUAAGACAAAUAGAAUAUACUUUAAGAAUAUUAUAAUUUAUGUUUUUUUCUAAAUUUUUAUGAAUUUUACUGUAUCAUUUAAUAAAAAGUUAAUAUUAGAAUACAUAUAUAAAACGCAUGGUGUUCAUAUUGUUAGCAAUUUAAUAACGAGUUCAUACAAUUUCAUUUAAAUAUUAAGUUAUUUAUUAGACUUAUUAAGUGUAUUUCUGUAAAAAAAUAGCACUAAGAAAAAAAUGAUAGUUAAUUUAUAAUAAACUACAGUAAACAAUAAAUUGUUAUGUUUAUAUUAUUUAAGUAUUCAUGCUAUCAUAGGUAUUUGAUCAUAGAUUAUACUUUUUGAAAUGCUUAUUUAUUCCAUCAUAUCAUU